UCAUUUCAAGUGAAUUGUCUUUUGGGCUGGUAAAACAUUGAUCACUAUGCAGGUUAAGAGGCUUUGUCAGAAGCCUGCACCACAUAACCUUUCUUGAUUAUGACUUCUCCACAUCUGAUUGUUAAUUGUUAAUAACGUUAGAACUAUAGGUGCACACGAAGACAAAUGGGAGGGAGGCUUGACUGGGGUUCCUUAUCAGUGACUCUGGUUGAAUUUUCUUUGAUGCUUUGUCUCACUCCUAGAGACACUGUCCAUUUACAUUUCAAACAGGGGUUUAGAUCAGUCCAUCAUCGUGUUCAGUUACUUAUUGAGCAUUUUCAAGCCUUUGACGAAUCUUGAACUUAAAAUCAACCUGCAAGGCACAGCCAGGCGCGCGCGCGCGCACCCUGGGGGAAAAUUCGGAUGAAAGACGUUACUUUUAUGGGCCAUGUACGGCUCACGGGGUCCCAGCUGAGGCGUUAAGAUAAAUGAGUAAUAUCAGUGUGUAAAUUUUCCCAGGAUACUUAGUUGAAUUAUUUGGUUAAAUGGUUUCCACAUUUUGGUGCAUAGUUGAAAAGAGUGUAUUUCUGGUUGGCUUACGGGUGAUGUAUUAAGUGUGAUGAUUUUGAGUUUGGUCAUCAAUGGUAAAGCACUCAACAAACAGAUGUAAUGAGACUUUAAAGCUCGGGAUGGAGAACUCGUGAGACCCGCUCCUUUAUCAUGUGAAAGCUUUUAAGGCCAUCCUGAGUGGAAAAAAGGUCACAGUCACCGCUUUCUAUUGAUUCAAAUCACGACGCUGUUGUCCAUGGCUCUCCUCCAACUUAACUUCAGCUGUGAUCUUGCAUGACAACAUUUUAAGCCCAUGAAAUCUCUCAAUGGUUCUUUGUAGCCGCGGCUGGAAGGCAUGAAGGAUUUGUCCUUCUUUCUCCUCAAGAAUGCUUUGGGUGCUAAGAUGAGGAAAGGCUUUAAACACUUUUGCAGCGGUGACGGAUCAACUUCCACCCUUAAUCAGCAAAAAAUGGGGCAGGGUUCGGCAUAUAUUGAUACCCCGUAUUUGGAUGCUGUCACUUCCGGUUCCAGGGAAAGGCAACCAACCUUGGAGGAGAUGAUACUGCAGUUAGAGCUGGAAGAGGCAGCCUCAAGAAGAGCAAAAGUUGAUGAAUAUGGGGAGUACCGGCAUCACCGCAUGUCUUGUGUCAACAGUUCCGACAUUCUGCGGAGUGCAAGAAACGCAUUAAAUCAGUACCCUCGGUUUUCUCUGGAUGGAAAAGAUGCCAUGUACAGAUCUUCAUUUCGGAACAUGGUGCCCCUCAGCACGGGUGCAAGAAACUCGCUCGGCUGCCAUCAGGGAUCAAGGAAAGGUUUGUGUGGCGAUGGUUUCGACUCAGAAGUGCAGAAAUUACGAGAGCUGCCGGCUACAAUAGGUGGAGAGAGCGUGGUGUGGUGUAGGCCUGGAGUGGUGGCUAAAUUGAUGGGUCUGGAGGCCAUGCCAAUCCCAGUUCAGAGACAUCAAAGAACGGGUAACGGGCUGAAUGGUAAUGGUGCAAAGACGAGGCAAAAUCUGAGGAAGAGCGCUGGAAAACUUCAUGAGAUUGAAAGGAGAAGGGUGGUAGUAGAUGAUACCAACGGUUGCAGCGCGAUGAGGAGCGGGGUGACAGGUUGUUGCUCAAGCUCAAGCAAGGGAUACUGUGUGAUGAAGCCAUUAGGCGUGGAGCUUCCAAAUGAACAAUUUGGCUGGCCAAUGCGGCGCUUGCGGCAGAAUGCCACCUCUCCUUGUUAGUGUCUCUACGUCUGCACCUUGGAUUGGAGGGAGACCGUUCGCUUUCCUCAUACCUCCCAAAACCAAUACAGAGAUUUUUUAGCAAAUUGGUUUGGCAUCUUCCCAUGAAACGUCCCCCCCCCCCCCCCGGUUAAUCACUUCUUUUCUGCUCUCUCAUUCUUUCCUUAAAUCAAAUGUAUACGUGCGUGUGUGAGGUAGUAGGGGCACCAAAGAGACGUAUGGAUCGUCUGUCGUAGUGAGGACUCCACAAACAUUAUCCAAACCAAAUAGGCAGGAUUGGAUUGGAUGAAGGAAACCCGAGAGAGGCAGAGGCACGCAUGUUUUGUAGGAGCGUGCUGGAUUUCUGCUGUGGUGUAAUACUACUACUACUCUAGUUGCAUGUGAAGUCGUUCCCGUUUCCACA